GGCCUCUGAACAGUGGGGACUGGGUGGGGCAGCCCAGUCCUCGCGAGAUUUCGGCCCUGACGAGAGGCUGCAGCGGCUCGGCGGCGGGUCUGGGAUGCGCUCGGAGAAGGAGGGAGAGGGGGGCCCAGGGGUGGCCGUUACUACGCGGGGUCCGAGCGGGAAGGAGAAGCCGUCGCCCACAGAAAGCCACUUCCGCCGGGAGUCUCAGCGGCGGGAGCCUGAAGCGCCGGUAGCCCCGUCCUUCGGCUGUGGGGGCGGUGCAGUCAAACCCUGCGAGGAAAAGAGGACGGUCCUCAGCAAGGUGGUCAUCCGGCGGCUUCCUCCCAGCCUCACCAAGGAGCAGCUGGAACAGCAGCUUCACCCCCUGCCCGCACAUGAUUACUUCGGGCUCUUUACUGCUGAUCUCAGUCUUUAUCCUCAUCUCUAUUCAAGAGCAUACAUUAAUUUUAGAAAUCCUGAUGACAUCCUGCUUUUUAGAGAUCGUUUUGAUGGAUAUAUCUUCACUGACAGUAAAGGCCUAGAAUAUCCGGCAGUGGUAGAAUUUGCUCCAUUCCAGAAGACAGCCAAAAAGAAGCUAAAGAAAAAAGACACCCAAACCGGAAGCAUUGAAGAUGAUCCAGAAUAUAAGAAGUUUUUAGAAACUUACUGUGUGGAGGAGGAGAAAACUAGUGCCAACCCUGAAACUCUUCUGGGGGACGUACAGGCAAAGACGAGAGAACUUAUUGCUAGAAGAACCACACCUCUUUUGGAAUAUAUUAAAAAUAGAAAAUUAGAAAAGCAGAGAAUUCGAGAAGAAAAGCGAGAAGAACGGAGGAGGAGGGGCUUGGAAAGGAAACGCUUAUGGGAAGAAGAGAUAAGAAGGAGAAGGGAAGAGGAGAAAUGUAAGAGGAAAGCAGCAGAAGAACAGAAGAAAACUGCUGAGAAAGACGGAAGGAUGACGCUUCUCAAGAAAUCAGAAAAGGGAGAGGAGUCUAGCACUGAGAAGAAGCCAAAAGAAAGAGGAGAGGAAAUUGACACCAGACAUGGGAAACAGGAACCCGGUCCCAGCUGUGUAGUCGUGAAGCCCAAGCCCUUGGAGAGCUGGCUGCAGGAGCUCAGGGAAAAGUCACAAAAUGACAGUGAUAAAGAGCAAAGGGACAUGGAGAGAAGAUUCCGAGGAAAAGAACCUGAAGCACAUAGAUACCACUUGGAUGACUGCAGAAAACAUAGAGCUCACUAUGAGUGGGAUAAGUUUUCAGGAAGAAGCGAAGAAGAGCUGAAAAGGGGGACAGGAUUCACCCCAGACCGAAAGAAGAAGGGGAGCCAGCAUGGGGGCGGCCCUGUGGGGGCAGCAGAGACACCAGGAAGGGAGAGGAGCGAAGAUGGACUGGCACCCAAGAAGGAGGACGCGGGAAGCAAGGACCGACCAGGCUUGCAGCUGUACCAGCCCAGAGGUGGCAUCCGAGCCCGUGAAUGUGAUGGAAGACCCCCUGAGGAGGGCCGUGAUGGGAGGAGGGGUGAGAUGGAAGAUUCAACUGGGGCUGGAGCUGAGAAGAUCGAAGAGGCAGAGUUUUUGACAGCCGCCCAAUGUCAUCCAAAUCAAGAAAGAAGAUCUGAAGGAUUAUGUUGUCAGGCAUGCGAACUAGCAAAUCAAAUUUCCCCUGACACAGAUUCAAAGAAUAAUCCAGUACUUCUUUCUCAAACACUUUCUCCAUCUGCCCUAAAUAUCAGUAAGAAAGAGAAACUGAGAGACAGACUAAAUUAUGACAGGCCAACUGAAUCCCACCCACCCUCAAGAAAGUCACUCGAAUUUAAAAUUAAAAGCACCUGUGCUUCUUAACACAGAUGAACCUGUCUUUAUAAUAAAGUCCUGUCCCACUGGAGAGACAGUCACCACUGAGCAGUCCUAGCGUAAGUGGAGUGGAUACUCACAUUUAUGAAGUUCUUUACAUCCAGACAGCAGCUCUUUGGAGAGACAGUUAUCAUCACAUUCAUUCUUCAAAUGGUCACUGCGUGCCUCUGUGUGGCAGGCACUUUUCUAGGCGUCAGGCAUUCAGUGGUGAGCAAAGCAGACCAGUUCCUGACUUCACAGGCCUCAGUACCCUUCCUUUCACUUAAAAGGAGUGGAAACCCCUAAAAGCUCACAGUCUUCCUCACAUCCUCCACGUCAUAAAUGGCAGAACCAGUUCCCCUAAAUCAGGAAUUCUUAACUCGAAACCCGUGUUGGGUGCUCUUGUAACAUUGUUAUUCUUGUGGUCGUCCAUAGGUUCCCUAAAUUAGUAUCAUAUUAUGAAUAAGCAUAUCAUACAUUUUUCUAUGGAAUGGUCUAUAUAAGCUUUCAUCAGAUCCUCAAAGGAAUAACUUUUAAAAAGUAAAAAUUUUUAUACAGUAGGCUGUCAGUAAUCCAGCAUUGAAUUGUUUUCACAAUCUUCUUGCCAUAAACAUAAAAUGGAGCAAUUCAAUAUUAUAGGCAGAAACUAUCAUCUAAAGUAACAGACACUUAAUAUGUAUGUUCUCUCCACUGAAGAGUUGGGGGGUCAUCACUGUCACCUUCUUUAUACUGAACAGCACCUGCCCCUCCCCCCACUGCAGCUCUCCACCC